ACAGGCUACAUCAAGAAAUGUCUCAUUCCAUUUGAACCAACAUUUGGUGACAAAUUCAAGCGUGGUAAAGUCGUCGGUAUCAACGUCCAGCAACAGACUGUGACUCUAGCUAGUGGUGAAACAAUACAUUAUGAUGAACUUGUUAUAGCAACUGGUACAACUGGCAAAUUCCCCUCCAAACUGCCUGUAGAUACGAGUGCAAGCGAAGCGAUUGCAAGAUAUGAAGACAUGGUUGCCAAGGUCCAGAAAGCUCAGGACAUUGUUCUUAUUGGCGGAGGUGCAGUAGGCGUGGAGCUGUCAGGUGAUAUAAAGGAAGAUUACAAGGAGAAAGAAGUGACUUUGAUUCAUCCAAGAGAAAUCAUUGUCAAUGACAGGGUGUCUGAGUCAUUCCAGAACACUGUGAAAGAACGAUUGAAAACUCUUGGAGUGAAGACAAUGCUUGAGGGCAAGUCUUUCAUCAUCUCGGCUGGCCGUUCAGGGGGGGCGGUGCAGAUGGGUAACUGGGUGUUCGGUGAUUGGUUGUCCAGAACAAUCAAAGGCAACAGUGUUUUUACUCCAAUGCAGUGGAAAGCAAUGGGACAAGAAAUGCCCAAGUAGACCCCCCACGGGACUUUCAAUAAACACAACCGAAUCAUUAUCGACAACUAAGCCACUUUCAAACACUGAAGCUCACAAGUACCCAGCUCAAUGCAAAUGAGACGAUGAUAACCACAGGCAGCCCAUCCAUUACAGAUUAGAUGGGCUGCAUGUGAGAUAAUGAGCAAAAACUGAAGAAUUUCUGUGUUUGAAACGGGCUUGGUUUUUGGUGAAGUACUUUAUCUCUGUUCUUGCUAUAGAAAUAAAAUUAUAUACCAGAUUUGAAA